ACUCCUGACAGAUGACCAUCCAGCCUCUCUUUAAAAACCUCCAAAGAAGGAGACUCCACCACACUCUGAAGCAGCAUAUUUCACUGUCAAACAAACCUUACAGGCUUGCUUCUCAGCCUGUUGAUCUUCUAGCUGAAGAAUUACCAAGCUAACAUUUUACACCCUUGGUGCUUCUCGCAAUGUAUUCCCAACAAUUAAUAGGAGAAGGCUUCCCUUUUCUGAUUCUUUCUACCCAAGGUAUAUCAAGGACUGGACAUAAUCACCAACAAAGCGUCCACAGAAGAGCAGGCGCUGUGCAAGCAUCAUAUGAUCAGUUUUGUGGACCCCUUGGUGACAAACUACACUGUGGUGGACUUCCGGAACAAGGCCACAGCCCUCAUUGAAGACCUCUUUGCCCGCAAGAAGAUCCCAGUUGUGGUUGGGGGGACUAAUUAUUAUAUCGAGUCUUUGCUCUGGAAGGUCCUAAUUGAACCAGGGGAGAAGACGAAGACUCCAGGUCCAGCAGGAGGAGCGGCCGAUCGGAAAGUUGAGCUGGAGAAGUUAGAUGGCGAAGAGCUCCAUCGCCUCCUCAAACAGGUGGAUCCCGAGAUGGCAGACAGGUUGCACCCCCAUGAUAAGCGAAAGGUGGCCAGGAGUUUACAAGUGUACGAAGAAACAGGCUUCACCCAUAGCAAGUUGCUGCAGAUGCAGCAGGAUGAGGAGGGCGGGGGCCCAUUGGGGGGCCCGCUGAAGUACCCCAACUCAUGCAUCUUAUGGCUUUAUGCAGAACAGGCAGUGUUGGAUGAAAGGCUCGACACGCGCGUGGAUGACAUGUUGGCGGCUGGGCUGCUGGAGGAACUGCGAGACUUCCACCGGCGAUACAACCAGGAGAAGGUGGCAGAAAGCUGCCAGGAUUACCAGCAUGGUAUAUUCCAGUCCAUUGGGUUCAAGGAAUUUCAUGAAUUCCUGGUCACAGAGGGCAAGUGCCCAGCAGAGCAGAGCGAACAGCUCUUAAAUAAAGGAAUUGAGGCUCUGAAGUUGGUGACCAGGCGAUAUGCCCGCAAACAGAACAAAUGGGUCAAGAACCGCUUCUUAAAACGCCCCGGACCCAACGCUCCUCUUGUCUACGGCUUGGAAGUCUCUGAUCUCUCUCAGUGGGAGGAGAAAGUGCUGGAACCUGCCAUCCAGAUUGUGGACAGCUUUCUCCAGGGGUGGCCGUCGCCAGUAGAGCCCAUCAAGAUGGAGCUUGAGCCUGAAGAGAACAAGCGGAGAAGCCACGAGUGCGAGGUGUGCAACAAAAUCAUUAUUGGGGACCGAGAAUGGAAAGCUCACGUAAAAUCGAAGUCGCACCUUUUCCAUCUGAGGAAGUCACAGAAGUUGCACUCUGGCGCCCAUUCGGCAAAGGUCCAGAGCAGUGACACAGAGACUACCAGAACAUGCACGGAAGCAUCAUCAGGGAACUUGGGAGCCUGCAAAACGUAGCCCAGCCAUUGGUGGGAAUUCAGAGACCGGGCAGCUAUCCUCAAAGGCUAGAUUUGGGCAGGAUUCCAUCUGUGCCAUGCAAAGCAAAUGGAUCCAGGGAGAAGGAACCCACCUAUCUGGGACCUCUAAUACACCAAGGUGUUUUGCCUCCAGCCUGGAACUGUCUGGAAAGAAUCGAGCUAAUGCUGGUUUGAACACGUUGGUGCCAGUUUGUCUUUCUAACUUGCAUUGUGAAGAUGAUCAUCAAUUACAUUUUUGUAUUGCAAAGCUGUUAGCAGUGUCUUUGGACUCUGAGACCACUGUGUCUCUUAGGGCCAGGGGGAAGCCAAGACAACCUUCCUGGGACACACAGACAGAGAUCAUGAGAGGAAGGCGAACACCCACUCACCACAAUGAUGUGGGGCAUGAGCUCUCCAUUACCGCCCCACAUCGUCUGUUUUGUAAGCCUCUGUUUCUGACAGAUGGGCAAAUAGUGGCUCAGGGGGGCAAAUUCAGCAUGCAGGAGCUUUUCUUCUGCCCCUCAAGCUGCUCAAGAGCUUGUUGGGGCAUCCACCCAUCAGGAAACAGCAGCAUUGCUUGGAAGACCAAAUAAUAGUUCAGUAGCUCGAGGGCUGCUGCAUCUCUGCCCACUUUCAGGGGCUCCAAGUUAGAUGACUGCUGGAAACAGAAAGAGCUAGUCUUCGACUUGGAGACCUUAGAAGUAAGGGGGGACUCAAAUGUGGCUCUUGGGCCAAAAGGUUUGCCCACUCCUGCCAUGAUGUCUCAUUUCUCUGUCAUUCUUGGAUUGUCUUGUAAGGCAAAACUGAGAUACAAUCGCAGUAAAAUGCAACUUUGAA